GAGCUCAGGUAACUAGUUUCAUACGGAAGUGCGUUCGCAUGUUAAACGAGCUCUUGUGAAUAUUUUAGCGCUUGUGCUCCGAAAAAUCGACACAUUUUAUUUUAUUUUCCAGUGAAACGUCUUUAUCACAUUCUCUCCGCGUUUGGAAUAUCUUGUUUAGUCGGCAUGUUAUGCAUCAUUUUUGUGCUUCUUUGCUGGCAAGCAACAGGCCUGCAUGCCUUUUCUGCCAGCACAACUACGCCCAAUGUUAUGGUCAAAGAGAACAACGGGGCUGAUUUGAAAUGCGAAUACUCUCCCGAUUUUAGUCCGGCACCUCGAGUGGAAUGGAAAUUCAGGAGUCCGAAGGGCUCACAGUCCUUCAUCUACUUCGAUGGCAAGAUUACAGACAAGUAUAAAGGAUAUAUGACUCAGUACCCAGGAGGACUGAGGAUCGAAAAAGCCACGAGACAAGACACUGGGGAUUACUUCUGUGAAGUGUCUGGUAACACAGGCUAUGCAGAAGCUAUGGUUAAGCUAACAGUGCUCGUUCCUCCUUCAGUGCCGAUCAGUCAAGUGCCCACCUCAGCCACGACAGGCAGGAACGUUCUACUGACUUGUUUUGAUAAGGAUGGAUCUCCUCCCUCCACCUAUAAAUGGUAUAAAAAUGGUACCCCCAUGCCUGAAGACCCCAGCAAGUUCCCCAACUUCAGUAACUUGACAUACAAACUGAACCUUCAAAACGGCAACCUGGAGUUUCCCAGUGUGAGUAAGGCAGACAGCGGGAGUUAUUUCUGCGAAGCUUCCAACGGACAGGGGGCUCCUCAGCGUAGCGCAGCCGUGACCAUGGAUGUCCGUGAUCUGAACGCGGGAGCUAUUGCGGCCGGCGUUAUUGUAGCACUGCUUGCUAUUGCGCUGCUUUGCUUUGGCCUGUGGUACGCUAGAAAGAAGGGAUAUCUGCCCAAAUCGUCUACAAGCAAGCCCAAAACAACAGUGUAUACACAGCCUCCACAGAACUAUAAUGAUGAGGAUGAUGGGGAGUUCAGACAGAAGCAGUCCUUUGUGGUGUAGCCUCGGAUUACACUGGCACGGGUCUAAAGGGUUUUUUCCUGCUGUUGUCCUUUUCUGUCAACUCCAGCUCUGGGAUAUGUGUGUGUGCAUGUGUGUGUGUGUGUGUGUGUGUUAAAGACUGCUUCUUGUCACUCUGACUCUAAGGUAGCUGUGUGCUUUGGAACUGUCCACUGAAUCAUCAUUUAGCAUCUUUCUAAAUGAUCUAAUGGUCCAACAAUAAGAUCACCUCAGCUUAUUGUCCCUGCUGUAAAUCUUGGAUUUUUAACCUGAGAAAGGUGAAAAGCUUGAGCUUCGUCUUUAUUUUCUUUAGAUUUGCUGUUUAAUUUGUUUUUCCUUAAUUUUUUUAAAAAUUUGUACAUGAACUUGUGUGUACAGAACAAACACGUUCCCUACAUGAGAUCUAUGCCUGCUUGAACAUGUAAACUUUUUAAACAUUGUGAAGUCUUUGACGUUGUACAGGUGUGUGUGUGUGUGUGUGUCUGUACAUUUAUAACCCCUUUCCACAUUAAUUUGACUUGCCUGGUAUUUAAAAUGAGAGACAAGUUAGUCAACUGCAAUUAUGCUAUCUUAUUUAUGUGAAGGAAUAUGAUCUAUACUGUUUACUCAUUUUGAAAAUUUUCAGCAGAAAUUUAAGUUUAGUCUUGUUUUGUUUUCCUGAAAUAUGUAAAUGCAUUUAGCCUUUUUAACUUUUGUGUUUAUUCAUUUGAGCCAACCAGAAAGCUUUAACAAACCAAGCUCACGGCACGUGUAACCAGAUGUUUAACCAGCAUUAUAAUCCAUUCUGCUUAAAAUCUGACAUGCUCUGAUCCUGUGAAACUUGGUUAAAUUAGUCAUACUGUGUGUUUGUUUGUUGUGUGUGUGUGUGUGUGUUUUUUAAAUAAAUGCUUUUAUUAAUAAA